CAAAAACAUAAGCCACACGGUCUUAGUUUUCAACAAAACACAGCUUCUUACAGAACACAAGUUUACUUCUCAUCCUCCAGAAUCAAAGUUUGAAGGUUUUAAGGUCAACUCUUCAAUUUUAAAGGCUUAAUUGGAAGGGGCAGCAUAACUGAAUAGUAUACUGCAAAGAUAAUGGUGUCCAGCUUUUAUAUGUCAAGAAAUCUCAACUGAUUGUGAUUUUUAGGGAUUGAAUCAGACAACUUUGCUGUGUGGUAGUUGUAAAUCAGAAAAAAGUUUGCAGAUCGUAUAGUUUCUCGUCAACGCCAAUUAGAAAGUUUUGGAUGCAAACAUACCAGCAAAGUCAGAGUUCAGGAGCUAUCCAUAGGUUGUAUCACCAAUCAAUGCAGCAGGUAGAACCAUAUCGUGCGUCUCAGUUUCAGAUAUUUAACAACAGUGUCUCCUCAGAUAAUAGCAGUCAAGAGACGCCAGUUUCCUUCCAUUACGAUGAACAGUUUUUCACCCUGGACUCAUUUCCAGCUGAUUAUGUAGGCUAUGAUUCCCCUUCUGCUGCAAGCACGUGUAGUCGAAGUCCUCUAUCUGUUCAACAUUCUCAGUCAAAUUGGUCAGAGCAACAUCAGUCUCCUGAUUAUACUUAUGGAUCGCCAUUGAGUGGAUCCCCUAUGAUUCAUGAUGGCAAUAAAUUGACAUUUUUCCAUAAGGAAUUGGAAAGCAAAUCACUUGGGCCUCAAUCUGAAACUGAUGAUGUAUGUAGUUACACCUUCAACAGUGUAAACCCAGAAGUCACUUCCAUGUUGCAAAUGAUUUCAACAUUAGAUGUGAAACAAGUGCUUCUUGCCUGUGCUGAAGUAGUAUCAAACGGUGAUAUAUCAAAUGUAGCUCCGCUGAUGAACAUAUUGGAACGCAAGGUUUCAGUCACGGGAGAGCCAAUGCAGCGGUUGGGUGCAUACAUGAUGGAAGGAAUCAAAGCACGAUUGAUGUCUUCUGGGAGCAUACUUUACAAAAAGCUGAAAUGCAGUGAUGAGCCCACGAGCUCAGAACUAAUGUCUUACAUGGGUGUCAUCUAUCAAAUUGUACCAUUCUACAAAUUCGCUUACAUGUCUUCCAAUGCAAUAAUUGAAGAAGCCAUGAAAAGUGAGUCCAGAAUUCAUAUUAUUGAUUUUCAAAUAGUGCAAGGCAGCCAGUGGGUACCCCUCAUCCAGGCUCUCGCUUCUCGGCCUGGAGGGCCCCCAAGUGUCCGUAUCACAGGUGUGGAUGAUUCCAACGCAGCUUAUGCUCGAGGCGGAGGACUUCAACUGGUUGGAGACAGGUUGUCAAAGGUUGCAGAAUCAUGUGGGGUGCCAUUUGAGUUCCAUGGCGCAGCCCUUUCUGGAUCUGAGGUCAAACUUGAAAAUCUAAGGGUUCGACAGGGUGAAGCCUUGGCGGUGAACUUUCCAUAUGUGUUGCACCAUAUGCCAGAUGAAAGUGUAAGCACUGAAAAUCAUCGAGAUCGUCUUCUUAGAUUGAUCAAGAGUUUGUCCCCAAAGGUUGUGACCCUUGUUGAACAAGAAUCUAAUACCAACACUUCUCCAUUCUUACCCCGGUUUAGAGAGACACUAGAGUAUUAUGAAGCCAUGUUUGAAGCAAUUGAUACGACUCGUGCUAGAGAUGAUAGGCAGCGGAUAAGUGCUGAGGAACAUUGUGUAGCACGGGACAUCGUCAACAUGAUAGCGUGUGAAGGAGCGGAGAGGGUGGAAAGGCAUGAACUCUUUGGAAAGUGGAGGUUAAGACUUUCAAUGGCUGGAUAUACCCAAUGUCAGCUGAGUUAUGAUGUUGAUGGUGUCGUGAAAGAUAUGCUGAAGGAGUAUGAUGGGAAUUUUAGGCUUGAACACCGCAACGGGGCUCUAUAUCUUAGAUGGAAGAACAGAGAUCUAGUUACUUGUUCUGCAUGGAGGUGAAAACACUAAUCAUCGAAGGCUCCUCAAUAUUCUCUCUUGCUUUAGAUUGCUAUUCACAAACGGUAAGACACUUGUGCUCGUACACGGUACAUCCCAUUUUGGUGUUGUGGUUAAUUUGAGUCGUGUGCUAUCCUCUGACAGCUACAUUAAAGAUCAUGGUCGCUUAUUCUUCUCAUGUGCAUACUCAUUUGGUGUUCCCUCUCUUUCCCCCAUUCCCUCGUCCUUUUGAAGACAUGUUAUAGAGUUUUGUGGGAAUAGCAACUGGAAAGUAUAUUACAUGGUUGUCUGUAUCGACAAGUGAGCUUAAUGCUAGGAGGCAUAUUGGAGAAACUAGACUGCCUAUCAACUUGGUACCAUGAUGAAAUAGAUUUUCAGAGAUGGAGCAGUUUAGUAGCAAGAAAUUUAGGAAAGAUGCAAAUAGGAAUGGCAAUCGGGUCGGAUCCGGUCGGGUAUGGCAUAAUCUAUAUCCAAACCCGAAUUUUUUAUCUGUAUCCAACCCGAUCCGAACCCCGAAAAAUCAUUAAUUGAGCACGACCCUUUUGUGUUUAAACUUAUGAAGCAUCGAGUAAUAAGAAAAACCAUAGGUCUAAGGUUAGUUCAGUUUUUGACAGACUUUAAAAUUCAGUGGCAUCAGGUCAUGAAACCUCUUUGAUGAGAUCCUCUUGUAUAAUUGAAAUGCAAAAACAAAAUCACUACUAGCUCACAUUACUACUA